UGGUCGAGGUGCGCCACGUGCACAGCGUGCAGCACCAGCUGCUGAUGCCCGCCGCGCCCCACUCGCACUCGCAUUUCCACCCGCCACCGCACCCGCUCUACCAGCCGCCGCAGCCACAGCCGCAGCCGCACCACCGCUACGACCUCGAGGUGCUCGAGCGGGACCGCAUCAUCAGGGAGCGCGAGAAGCAGAUGGAACGAGAAAAGCAGCACCAGCAGCAGCAACAACAGGAGAGGGAGCGAGAGAGGGAGAGGGAGCGCGAGAGGGAGAGGGAGAGGGAGCGGCUGGAGCAGCAGCGCGCCAGCGAGCACGCCGUCCAGGCAGUGCAGAAGCAUUUCGAGGAGUCGCUGCGCCGCGCACAGCAGAAGCACAACAUGUGCUGGAACCUGAACCUGAUCAGCAGCCUGCCGGCGCCCGCCCCCGCCGCGGGCCCUCCGCCGCCGGGCCCCGCGUCGCGCGGCUGCUCGCGCCAGCAGCACGACGCCGCCAUCGCCGCCGCUCACCGCGACCGCGAGAGGGAGCGCGAGCGAGAGAGGGAGAGGGAGCGCGACCGCGAGAGGGAGAGGGCGCAUGUCGCGGCCGCGGCCUACUACGCCGCUCCCACCUCACGCACUACGAGUUCUGGUAUACCGAAGGUGGAAUAUGUCUCUGUGCCAGCACAGGCAGUCGUGACAAAAUUGGAGUACCCACCACCGCCACAUGCACCCCAUCUACACCACGCAGCACCCCAUCCUCCCCCAGCUCAUUCGCGAUCUGCCAAGGACAAGCCGUCACCUCCACCUACUGCGGCAGUCCCAGCACAGCCGCCUGCCCAUCCUACACAGACUGUCCUGCCUAAAGCAGAACCUAACUUUGGACUGUUUGGAUACCCUGGCUACCAGGCAGUCUCUGUACCUGUGCCUGUGCCACAGCAAUCAUUCCUUCAGCAGCACCAGCAGGUCCAAGUUGCACAGCUGGAAAAGGCGAAGGGAUCACCGGUGGCAGCAGCGACAGCAGACAACAAAAGUUCCGUGAUAGUGAAGAAUGAUGGGAAGCACAGCCCGAAAUUCGCCUACAGGAGCCCUUCACAAUCACCUUCACCACUCCUCGUGCGUCACAGUCCAAGUCCUGGAGCAUUGACACAUGAACCACAGAAUCUGGGUCGUCCACAACCUCGCAGCCCACUUGCCUUCAAACCUGCUCCUCCACCAGUGCAAGCACAGAGUGCAUCUCAACAACAGCCACCACACUACCGCCCUAAGGUGUCGAGUCCCGCGCCGUCACACGUGUACGGCAAGCCGACGCGGGACGCGUGCCCGGUGCUGACGCUGCCUCGCGCGCCGUCGCCGUACCAGCCGGCGGUGGGUGCGGGGGCGGGCGUGGGCGCGCCGGCCGGAGGCCCGGCGCCCCAGCCGCCGCCGGCGCACGCGGCGCGGCCGGACCUGCGCGCGCCGGGGCCGGGCCCGGGGGCCGUGCCGCUGCUGGCGCCGCCGCCCGCUCUCGUGGCGCCCGCCGCCGUGACCGCGGCGCCGCCCCCGCAGGCGCUCUACUUCAAGCCGGGGCUGGCGCGCCCGCUGGCCGCGGCGCCCGCCACGGCGCCCUCGCCGCCUCUGCAGACGGCGCCGCUCGACCUCGGGGUGGAGCGCCCCCAGAGGGCCAGCCCGGCCCCGCCGCCUGCCGCGUCGUCGUCUUCGUCGUCGUCGCUGCCGCCCUCCCCGUCGGCGUCGCCACCGGGCGGCCGGCGCAGGCCCGCCCCCAGUCCUCCUCCACCGGACGGCAAGAGGCGCAGAGCCGAGAUUCCAGGAGGAGUCCAGGAACCCAGUCCUCCCAUAGCAUCAGCAGCUACUACGGUACAGGAAAACCAAGGUGUUACAACAGUGCCAUCUCCAGCUGCACCAAGUCCUGCAGUCAGUCCUGCCCCUGGUACUCCUUCACGGCAGCGGCCACCGAGUGCAGCAGACUCUGAAAAAUCCAGUAGUCCAGGACCCCCUACAAGGACUUACCCUGUACAUAAACUCAAAAAAGCAUGGUUACAAAGACAUUCUGGGGAAAAAGGAGAAGCCACAUCAUCUGUAACACCACUUGUUAAUGGACAUGCCAGCUCCGAAGGUAAUAGUGGACCUGGGAGUGUCAGUUCGGUGACUUGUGGGCCUGGAGCUGAUUCGUCCAGUGGCUCAGAUGUGGACAGCCGUGGUCGCACAUCACCUCCCACCCCUCCUGCUAGUAGGCAGCGUAGACCACAAGAUUCCAAAAGGAAGAAGCCAGGUGCAGGGAAGAAAGUAGAUUCUCAAUUGGCCGAUGGGGAUGUUGGCAGUGCUGGUGAAGGGGAAAGUGCAGACACAUCAGAGAAGGAGAGGGAGAGAGUGAGGGGGAACGGAAGUGGUGGUUCAGCUAUCCCGACAGUUGUAAAUAGUGACGAACCGAGAAAGAGAGGUAGACGACCCCGUCCUGCAGCUUCGGAGUCCCCCUCAGGAGGUGCGAGUGGUGGUAAGAAGGAUGAGAACUCAGGUAACUCUGGGUCAGGAACUGGUGGAUCAGGUCAGGGUAGAGGAUCGAGGGCACAGGGAGGUGGUAGAAAACCACGUGAUGGUCCCCCUGCUCCUAGGAGGGAUCCGCUAAAGAAACCGCCCGUAGCACAACUCAAGAGGACAGGUGAAAGUUUCCUACAAGAUGGACCUUGCCAUGAGGUUGCGCCAAAGCUUGCGAAGUGCCGCGAAUGUCGUUGGACUCCCAGCCAACGGUCUCGAGAUGUUCCGAACAUUUUCUGUCGCUUUUAUGCUUUCCGACGAUUGCGAUAUACCAAAAACGGACAGUUAGCUGCAGCUGGAUUCUCAGAUCCACGAGUUGACCCUGCACCAGACGAUCUGCGUUUGUGGCUGCCAGACCCGUCCGAUCCUCCGACAGAUUUAGAUUUGGAUAUGGCAAAGAUUUUGCUGGAAGAAGUUGGAGAUGAGUUCUGCAAAUUACUGAGACAAGAAUCUGAUUCUGCAGCUGCUCAUUCUUCAGGACCCACACCUGUUGCAUGGAAGAGAGUAGUGAGAGGUGUACGUGAAAUGUGUGACGUUUGUGAGACAACACUGUUCAACUACCAUUGGGCUUGUGCAAAGUGUGGCUUUGCUGUCUGCAUAGAUUGUUAUAAGGGACGCAAGGCGGGCAAGAUCCGUCUGUGGGCAGAACUGGGAAAGGACAGAGAUGAUUUCUCUUGGCUGUUGUGCACAAAUCGCCAGGGCCAUGAGCAGGAUAAAUUAAUGCUAACACAGAUCAUUGCAAGUGACUGCCUCACACGUCUUGGGCAAGAUAUGCAUCGUGAGAGGGAACGCUGGGGCCUGACACGUUGUUCCUGUUCUGGUAGCCAGCCCCGUGGUAGAAAUUCUCCAGCUAAUGGUUCUGCCUCGGCAGAAAUUGCCAAUGGACUACCCAAGGAUGCGCAGUUACGAGUAGAAACGGAACCAAAGGUAGCAGUAAAAAUGGAACCGAACACUUCAGUAAAAACGGAAGCCCCCAAUGGUGACCUCCAUCACAGUGAGACCGAUACACGUCACUCAACAAAGAAUUUGAUUGAACAGCGGAUCAACGAGAGGUGUACUCUAGCUUGGCUAGCUGAGUUAGCUUACAUGAAGGAAGAGCUAGAUGCUUAUCAAGAACCUUCUACUGAAAUGAAGAGGGAGCCAGGUUCAACAGAUGCUAAUAGCAGUAAGCAAGAAGUCAGUGGAGAUGUGGGAAAGAGAGAACAAGGUGUUGAAGAUGGGACUUCAUCCAGUGGUCGAGGACAUUCGACACUAAGAGAGCUGCUCAUACGCCCUACAGGUGGAGGUAAUGGGAGUCGUGCACCAUCUCCUGCCCCGUCAUCUCCUGGACCAGUACCACCUACUGAAGAAAAUCGUCCCGCUGCACCAGCACGCUCAAAAUAUAUGCCACGUCAGCAUAAGGGACGCUCGUCAAACUGCAAAUUGGAGACUGGUUCUCCAGAUUCUUCUCCACCACACACGUGGUUGUGUGAUGGUCGUCUGCUGAGGCUGAACGAUCCUUCGCAUAAAGGAAACCAAAAAAUGUUUCAGGAACAAUGGAAAAAAGGAUUACCUGUGCUGGUAUCAGAUGUAUCAAAGCAUUUGGACAUGACUCUUUGGCAUCCAGAUUCAUUUGCACGUGAUUUUGGAGAUGAGAAGAAUGAUCUGGUCAACUGCAUGACGGGAAAUAUUGUGCCAAAUCAGCCGAUGAGGCGAUUUUGGGAGGGCUUUGAGCACUUCUCACGUAGAUUGGUUGAUGAAGAAGGAAAACCAAUGCUUCUAAAACUGAAGGAUUGGCCACCAGGAGAUGAUUUUGCAGAGAUGUUACCAUCACGCUUUGCCGACUUGAUGAGAGUGCUACCUCUCUCUGAAUACACCCAGCGCACUGGCCGUCUUAAUCUGGCAUCACGUCUUCCUGAAUGUUUUGUGCGCCCUGAUCUUGGUCCCAAGAUGUACAAUGCCUAUGGGUCAGCCCUCCAUCCAAAGCAUGGGACUACUAAUUUACAUCUUGAUAUAUCGGACGCUGUGAAUGUUAUGGUAUAUGUUGGAAUUCCAAAAGAUGGAGAUAGUGAAGAGCAUAUUAAAGAAGCGUUCAGAGCUAUUGAUGAGGCUGGAUGUGACAUUAUUAUGCGGCGCAGAGUUCGUGAGAAAGGAGAGCUACCAGGUGCAUUGUGGCACAUUUAUAGUGCCUGUGAUGCUGCCAAAAUAAGAGACUUGCUCAAUAAAGUUGCAGUGGAAAAGGGAGUGCGACUUGAACCCCAUCAUGACCCUAUUCAUGAUCAGAGCUGGUACUUAGAUACUGAGCUGCGUAACAGACUUUACCGUGAAUAUGGUGUUGAGGGAUUUGCCAUUGUUCAGUGUUUAGGGGACUGUGUUUUCAUUCCUGCUGGUGCACCACACCAGGUGCGUAACUUGCACAACUGCAUUAAGGUUGCAGAGGACUUUGUUUCACCGGAGAAUGUGACACAUUGCUUUCAUCUGACUGAAGAGUUUCGCGAUCUUUCUGAUACACACUCCAACCAUGAGGAUAAAUUACAGAUAAAGAACAUUAUUUAUCAUGCUGUGAAAGACUCUGUGUCAGUAUUGGUGCAUGCUCGUGAAAAGAUGGAAUCUGAAACUGUGAACAAGCGUAUUAAGCGAGAACCAGUUUCUCCAAAUCGGACAUCAGGCAACCGUGGUGAUGUGUCUGCAAGUCCUGUAAUUCCUAAGAUUGACUCUAAGAGUGAAUUAAAAGUGGAAACGGAGGAUGAAGUGGAGGAUGGAGAUGAGAGAGUGGAGGAGAUGUCAACAGCGUGUGAAGUUGGUGGUGAUACUUGAAAGUCUUUGACUGGAUGCAUUAUCUGAUCUCACCAAUGUGGCCCAUUGUGGGUUCUUCUGUAUAAUUUUUUAAUUGUAAGCUGACUGGCUUGGUUGGCAAGGCAUCUUUGUAAUACUGGAUUGUCAUGUUACAUGUUGUUCCUGUCUGGUCUGAUGCAUUUUUUCCAUGGCACCAUUUGUUGUUUGUGAGUCCAUAAAGCAGCCAUCUUUUGGGGGUACAGAAGGUGGAACUGCAAUCCUUUUAUGCAGCUGAUGUAACUGUGACUGUGAUUGAUGUAAUGAGUACCUUCCAUCAGCUGCCUGGACUUUCUGCAAGUGAAAAUCAUUCAUUCUCACUUCACCAUAAGUGUCAGAAUAUUUUUUGGGUUGAUCUGUUUCCCAUCGAAUGCGCGAUAUAGUUACUGAUGUGGUAAUAUAAACUAGUCAGAUAAGCUAAAUGCAAUAUUUAAUUUUUUUGCAAUAUCUAACAGUAUCGUGAAAUCAUUUUAGUAAAAUGACACUUGUUUACGUAUUAGUUUUAAUGUGAACUUUGCUGUCUCGAAUAAACUUUUUACGUAAAAACUCAUCAUAGAAACAUUAUUUCAUCUAAUCCUCUUCUGUAAUUAAUAUUUAACUCUUUAUCCGUAUGACAAAACUGGUGUAAUUCGCUAAGGGGAAGUUGUUACUGUAGGUUCUUGAGUCCAUGCAGUGUGUUGUAUAAAGGCUUUUGUUCAAAU